UUUUUUUUCCAAGCGAUGAGAGAGGAAAGUUUUUAUUAAAUGUGAAAAUGUUGUCAAGUGAAACAUAAAUGCAUCAAAUGUUAGAUUGGCUUGUAACUGAAAACAAUGGAAGAUUUGCUAAACGAAGUUGUGCCACAGGAGGAUUUAGAGAGGUUUGAACGAAAAUAUCAUCACGAACUUGAGCUAGAUGGAGAGGUCACAACAGAGACAAAAUUUGAAUACGCAUUUUGUUUGGUACGGAGUCGUUACACAAAUGACAUUAGAAAGGGGAUAAUGAUUUUGGAGGAGCUAGCACGUGUACAUCCUGAUGGACGUCGUGAUUACAUAUAUUAUCUUGCUUUUGGAAAUGCGCGUAUCAAAAGUUAUUCAGAGGGUUUGAAAUACUGCAGAGCUUUUCUUGAAAUCGAGUCAAAUGACCAAGUGCGCUCGUUAGAGGAAUAUAUUAAAAAGCAAAGCGAUAAAGAGGUGGCAAAGGGGAUGGCAGUUGCAGGAGGUGCUGCUCUUGUAUUUGGAGGAAUUCUGGGACUUGGAAUAGCGUUGGCCAGAAAUAAACAAAAGCGCGAAAAAUAGUGUAAAAACGCUGCGAUAAAAUAGAGUUCUUUGUGGCAGCCAAUUUCCUUCCGAAUUAUACACAUCUAUCUACAUAUGUACUUCACGAUGCGGACAUGGGUUAGGAAAAUUGCAGCCCAUUACGAAAUAUCCAUUUUAUUCCAGAAUUUUAUAAAUAUGUUUUUUCUUGUA